AUGGAUGCAGCGGCGUUGCGGUUUGAAGAAGUCCUUUACCGCCGCGGGUCCUCCAAGCUGCGGCUCUCGGAGACGGUGCUGGCAGCAGCAGAGUCUGCUGCUGCUCCUGCUGCUGCUGCUGCUGCUGCUGCUGCAGCAGCAGCGGGCGGGGCGGACACUGCUGCAGCAAAGCCGCCCCUCAAGAGCCUGCAGGCCUUCGACUGUGGGGCCCUGCUGCUCCCAGAAGCAGCAGCAGAAGCAACGAACCUGCAGCAGCAGCAGCAGCAGCUGGUGGAGUCGCUGCGCUUUGGGGCUGCAGCUCUUGCAGCAGCAGACAGCAGCAGCAGCAGCAGCAGCACGGGGAAGGCAGCGGCGCAGGAAGAGAACCUUUUCGAUUCCUUGCAGAUAGAAAAGAUUCUCGAAGAUGCUUUUAGUGAUGCUGCUUCUUCUGCUGCUGAUGCAGCUGCUGCUACAGGGGCUGCAACAGCAGCAGCAACGGCAGCAGCAACAGCAGCAACAACAGCAGCAGCAGCAGCAGCAGCAACAGCAGCAGAGGACCAGAUGAGCUCUGGGGAGUCUAUUUAUGUCUUUGAAGAAAAAGACUUUACUCCUUUUGUUAGAGGAAAUGCUCGCGUAGAUGAUGCAGCAGCAGUGGAGUCUCUUGCUGCUGCUGCUGCUGCUGCUGAAGCUGCUGCUGCUGCAGAUGGCUCCAAAGAAGAGGGCAGGCAGCAGCUUCCUCAGGAGACACCUGAGGAGCGGCGAAUGAGGCUGCAGCGGGCGGUGCGGCUGGAGAAGCUGUGGAGCGCCCAGGGCUACAGGUCUUGUGCGCUUCGAAUUGCUGGAGAGGCAGACCCUCGCUACUUCCCAGGACCAACAGCUGCUGCUGCUGCUGCUGCUGCUGCUGCUGCUGCUGCUGCUGGCGUUGCUGCUGAGGCUGUCGGAGACACGCAGCCAGCUCACGGAGAGUCGGAAGCAGCAGCAGCAGCAGCAGCAGCAGCAGCAGCGCAGCGGGCAGUCCCUGCAGAGUCCUUCUUCCUCUUUCCCCCGCUGCAAGACGACGAAAGGGAGCUGGAGGAGGAAGCCGCGGCAGCCCGCAGCAGCAGCAGCAGCAGCAGCAGCAGCAGCAGCAGCAGGUACCUGCACUUGCGCGUCGGCGACGCCACUCGCCCCCAGACUGUCUGGGGGGCCCCCAGGGGCCCCCAAGUGAUUUGCCUGUUUGUAGAAAAGGGGGGCCGGUGGACUUCGAGGGGCUUUUUUGCUGCUGUUGACAGACUCAGUGCAGAGCCGCAGCAGGCUUUCAUCCGGGCUCACAAGUGUCGAGACCUGCGGGGGGGCGACGUGCACUUGGUCCGCAUCCGCGAGGGUCUUUUUGCUGCUCUUGCUGUUUGCAUUGAGGAGAGCAGCAGCAGCAGCAGCAGCAGCAGCAGCAGCAGCAGCAGCAGCAGGAGAGGCGGCGGCGGCUUUUACGUGAAAGUGAAGGACUUGCUGCGGUGCCUCACGCUGCUGUCUGUACACUGCAGGGCCCACGCAGCGUCGCUGCACCUCCCCCGCUGCAGCACGCCCUGCCGGUACAGCCUCAGCAGCAGCAGCAGCAGCAGCAGCAGCAGCAGCAGCAGCAGCACGAAUGAGCUGCUGCACAGGCUGCUGCAGGAGACCUUCGCAAGGAGACAGGUGCAUGCGAUAACUUAUUUGCUGCCGCGGAAAGGAGACACCUCAAGCGGCGCUGCAGCAGCAAGAGACAGAACUGCUGCAGCGGGAAACCCCACAAGCAGCAGCAGCUACCGCAGCAGCCAGCAGCUGAGAGACACAAACGCAGCAGCAGCAGCAGCUGCAGCAGCAGCUGCUGCAGCAGCAAGGCCUGAUGCACGGAGAAGAGAUGAGCAAGAGGGAAAGAUUAAGACAGAAGUAAGGGGACCUCUUGGCCCCACAGGAUGGUGCGCACUCCGGAAAAAGCCGCGGAUCGACCCACAACAGCAGCAGCAACAGCAGCAGCAACAGCAGCAGCAGCAGCAGCUGCUGCAGCAACAGCAACAGCCGCAGCAGCAGCAACGGCAGCAGCAGCAGCUUGCCUCUGGAAGCAAAUACGCUGGUAUAGCAGCAGUGGAUGCUGCUGCUGCGAGUACACUUACAGAGGCGGAGAAGAGCAAUAUAGGCUCAGCAGCGGCAGCAGCAGCAACAGCAGCAGCAGCAGCAGCAGCAACAGCUGCUGCAACAGCGAGGGAGCAGCAUCCAAACGCUGAGCAGGAAGAAGGUAGAAAGAGACCAACAGCAGCUGCCGAGCGGCUGCUGUCUAGUCCUGCUGCUGCAGUUGCUGCUGCUGCUGCUGCUGCUGCCGUUGCUGAAGAAAAAGUCGCCCCGUGUUUUGAUGCGAAGACGGAGACACAGCAGCAGCAGCCGCAGCAGCAGCAGCAACGACAACAGCAGCCACAGAGUGAGCAGCAGCAACAGCAGCCGAAGCAGCAGGAGCCACCACAGCAGCAACGACUGCAGCAGCAAGAGCGGCUAGAGCAGCAACGACUGCAGGAGCAACAGCAGCCGCAGCAGCAACAGCAGCAGCAGCAACAGCAGCAGCAGCAGCAGCUGCAGCAACGAAGACUGCAGCAGCAGCAGCAGCAGCUGCAGCAGCGAGGGUUUAGCCGGCCCCUUGUGCCCCCAAAUGUGGGGUUUCGAGUGUCUCUACACAGCAGCAGCAGCUUGUGGCUGCUGCACUCCUCUAUCUGCAGCAGCGUGCUGCUGUACCUUCGCCAAGCCCUAUUAGCUGCUGGUGCUGCAGUAGGGUUCGGGGGCCCCCAAGGCCAGGGGGCCCCCCAGGGGCAGCAGGGGGCCCCCUACUCUCGGGGGGCCCCCCAGGGGCAGCAGGGGGCCCCCUGGGGGGCCCCCCAGGCCCCCUGGGGGGCCCCCCAGGGGCAGCAGGGGGCCCCCUGGGGGGCCCCCCAGGAGAAGCAGGGGGCCCCCUGGGGGGCCCCCCAGGGGCAGCAGGGGGCCCCCUGGGGGGCCCCCCAGGGGCAGCAGGGGGGCCCCCGAGGUGGCCCUCCAACUGUUUGGCUGAUUGUGGGGAUGGGCUUUUUGCAGGAGGUUCUGGGCCUGGUGGAGCAGCAGCAAACGGAAGACGCUGUGCUGCACCCUGCUUUCGCCCGACUUGCUGCUGCUCUCGUGUCUGCUGCUGCUGCUGAUGAGCAGCUGCGCCGGCUUGCUGCAGCAUGGGCCUUUUCUGGGUUGCUGCUGCAGCUGCCGUGGUCAGAAGGUUUUGUUGCUGUCUCCUUCUGCAGCACGAGCCGCGGAGACGCAGCAAACCAGCCUGCUGCUGCUGCUGCUGCUGCUGCUGCUGCUGCUGCUGCUGCUGCUGCUGGUGUGGGGCGACUUAAAGUUCGCCUCGAGUUCUCAGAUUUCGCAGAAGCUGCUGCUGCAUGCGGCGCUGUCCCGGUGUCUUUUGUGUGGCAGUGGCAGCACCGGAGGGAGGGGCGGGGCCCUGCAGCAGCAGCAGCAGCAGCAGCAGCAGCAGCAGCAGCAACAGCAGCACGAGCAAGAGGGGAAGCAGCAGCGGCGGGGCCCAGCACUUGGCAGCAGGCCCUGACUUUGGUGGGCGAGUGGAGGCAGAGAGCAGCAGCAGCAGCAGCAGCAGCAGCAGCACCGCAGCAGCAAACCACAGGGGACAGAGCUGUCCCGCUCACUCUGCUUGCUGCGCUGCUGCUGUGGGACAGGCAGAGACGGGCGCAGCAGCAGCAGCAGCAGCAGCAGCAGCAGCAGCAGCAGCAGCUAAGUGCUGCUUGCAGCCCCGUUAGCUUCUACGGGGCGUAA